AUGCAGCACGGCAGCUUUUGUACACGCUUGUUGCUACAAGAGGCUGCCCACAAUAGAGUGGCCGGCCCCUAUAGAUGUAUGCCUUCCACAUGGCCCACUGUGCCAGGAGGGCCCCCAUUUGCACCAGGAUUGUGGACUCAACACACACCUAUAAAUGACCUCUUCCUAAAAUACAAAGUGAACAAAAAAGAGGAGAACCAAACCAAAAGUGUGGUGCAGACUGAAGAAGACCAUGUUGUCUCGCUGUGAGCUCAGUGUGUGUCACGUGUUUGUGUUGGUGCUGUGUGUGUCUGCGUCUGAGGACUUCGACUGGACAAAGAACGACCACGGCUCCUUCUAUUAUGGCACUUUUCCAGCUGGAUUUUCGUGGGGAGCCGGCAGUUCAGCCUAUCAAACAGAGGGAGCCUGGGACAAGGAUGGAAAAGGACUGAGCAUCUGGGACAUAUUCAGUCACAAGAAAGGCAAAAUUCAGCUGAAUGAUACAGGAGAUUCCUCUUGUGAGGGCUACUACAAAGCAAAGGAUGACGUCGCGUUGAUGAAGGAGCUGAGGCUAAACCAUUAUCGCUUCUCCAUCUCCUGGCCUCGACUCAUUCCCACUGGUCUCAAAUCCGAUCAUAUCAGUGAAAGAGGAAUUCAGUACUAUAAUGAUCUGCUUGACCACCUGCUGGGAAACCAGAUCACUCCCAUCGUGACAUUGUAUCACUGGGAUCUCCCACAGGUCUUGCAAGAGAGAUAUGGUGGAUGGCAGAACAUAAGCAUGGUCAAUCAUUUCAAUGACUUUGCAAGCCUGUGCUUUGAGAGAUUUGGCAACCGAGUAAAAUACUGGAUUACUUUCAGCAAUCCAUGGUCUGUAGCAGUGGAAGGCUAUGAAACGGGCGAGCACGCUCCUGGACUGAGGACGAGAGGAACGGGAGCAUACAGGGCUGCCCAUCACAUUAUUAAGGCUCAUGCUAAAGUUUGGCACACAUACGACACACAGUGGAGGGCAAAACAAAAAGGUCUUGUCGGCAUCUCCCUGACUGCAGACUGGGGAGAGCCUGUCGACAUCAGCAACCAGAAGGACAUUGAAGCAGCUGAGCGAUACGUCCAGUUCUCCCUGGGCUGGUUCGCCACGCCUAUCUUUCAUGGGGACUACCCUCAAGUGAUGAAGGACUUUAUUGGGAGGAAAAGCGCCCAGCAGGGUCUCGGGGCAUCUCGCCUGCCCUCAUUUUCCCCUCAGGAGAAAAGCUACAUCAAGGGCACCUGUGACUUCCUGGGCAUUGGUCACUUCACCACGCGUUACGUCACCCAGAAAAAUAACCCGUCAGGCCGCGGCACCAGCAGCUACUUCAUGGACCGCGACUUGGCUGAACUGGUUGACCCCCAGUGGCCUGACCCAGGCUCUGAGUGGCUCUAUUCUGUGCCGUGGGGUUUUAGACGUCUGCUUAAUUUUGUUAAGACUCAGUACGCAAACCCAAUGAUUUACGUGACUGAGAAUGGAGUCUCUGAGAAGAUGCAAUGUACAGAGCUGUGUGAUGAUUGGAGAAUACAGUAUUUUAAAGACUACAUCAACGAGAUGCUCAAAGCUGUCAGAGAUGGGGUCAAUGUGAGAGGUUAUACUGCAUGGUCCCUCAUGGACAAGUUUGAGUGGGAUGAAGGCUUCACCGAGAGGUUUGGUUUGUAUUAUGUGGACUUCCGUAACAAAAACAAACCUCGCUAUCCCAAAUCUUCAGUUCAGUUUUACAAGCGCAUCAUCAGCUCCAAUGGAUUUCCAAACCAGAGAGAGGUUGAGAACUGGAGGAAGAAGGCUGUUGAGACCUGCUCAUCAAGCAACCAGCUCCUUGCUGCAGAGGAACAGCGGAGUACUGCUGCCAAUAUUCUAAGACUUAUACAUGACCCACUGACCAGCCACAUGGAGAUGGUCACAGAGAUUGUUGUUCCAACUGUGUGCACACUCUCCAUUUUACUGAGUGCCAUCUUCCUUAUGUUCCUGCUGCAGAGGCGGAACUAGCAGAAAGAAAAGCAAAGCCCGCAAUACACAACCGUGAGAAGACACACACACACACAUUUAUUUUUAAGUGAAGCAGAUAUUUAAUGAAUUGGGUGUGUGAACAAAAAUACAGUCAACAAUUUGGAUUGAACUUCAUUUUGAUGUGGAAAUGAAAACUUC